AUGGGUCUUGCAUACAACAUAUACCUCACUUCGAACAAAAUCUUUGGAUGCAAAAAAUGCAAGACUCACCUAGCUGAUUAUGAUGAUAUUAUCAGCCGAAACUUCCGCGGCCAACAUGGCAAAGCUUACCUUUUCAAUCAUGUCGUCAACAUAACGCCGGGCGACUCUGUGGAGCGUAGCAUGACGACUGGGAGGCAUAUUGUUCGUGACAUUACCUGCCGACAAUGCAAGGAAACGGUAGGGUGGAAGUAUGACAAAGCGUACGAGGCUAGCGAGAAAUACAAGGAGGGCAAGUUCAUUCUGGAAGAAGAACUGCUCUGCGUGGUGUGCUAG